ACCGCUCCUGUCUUCUCUGCCGUUUCUUGGGGUCUCAGGCGUCUCUCUUUGACUCCCCUUGUCCGAUCCUUCCUCUCCUCCCUUAUUCGCCUUCGUCGACAAAGGUUUAUAAAAAAUGGCUGAUGGUGAGGAUAUUCAACCUCUUGUUUGUGACAACGGAACUGGAAUGGUCAAGGCAGGAUUUGCGGGUGACGAUGCACCUAGGGCAGUGUUCCCUAGCAUUGUUGGCAGACCUCGCCACACUGGUGUUAUGGUUGGAAUGGGCCAAAAAGAUGCUUAUGUUGGUGACGAGGCCCAGUCUAAACGAGGUAUCCUCACAUUGAAGUAUCCAAUCGAGCAUGGAAUUGUUAGCAACUGGGAUGACAUGGAAAAGAUAUGGCAUCAUACCUUCUACAAUGAGCUCCGUGUAGCUCCUGAGGAGCACCCAAUACUUCUAACUGAAGCUCCUCUUAAUCCCAAAGCAAACAGAGAGAAAAUGACUCAAAUCAUGUUUGAAUCAUUCAAUGUGCCGGCCAUGUAUGUUGCAAUUCAGGCAGUCCUUUCCCUCUAUGCGAGUGGCCGUACCACCGGUAUUGUGCUUGACUCUGGUGAUGGUGUCAGCCACACUGUUCCGAUUUAUGAAGGAUAUGCACUACCUCAUGCCAUUCUCCGUCUAGAUCUUGCUGGCCGCGAUCUCACAGAUUCCCUCAUGAAGAUCCUCACUGAGAGAGGCUAUUCAUUCACUACGACCGCAGAACGGGAAAUCGUAAGGGAUAUAAAGGAGAAGCUUGCUUACGUUGCCCUUGAUUACGAGCAGGAGUUGGAGACUGCCAAGACUAGUUCAACUGUGGAGAAGAGCUACGAACUUCCAGAUGGGCAGGUCAUUACUAUUGGCGCCGAGAGAUUCAGGUGCCCGGAGGUCCUCUUCCAGCCAUCACUAAUCGGCAUGGAAGCUGCUGGAAUUCAUGAGACCACAUAUAACUCCAUAAUGAAAUGUGAUGUCGAUAUCAGGAAAGAUUUGUAUGGGAACAUCGUGCUCAGUGGUGGAUCAACCAUGUUCCCUGGUAUCGCUGAUCGUAUGAGCAAGGAAAUCACUGCUCUUGCCCCAAGCAGCAUGAAGAUUAAGGUUGUUGCCCCGCCCGAGCGAAAAUACAGUGUUUGGAUUGGAGGAUCCAUCCUUGCCUCCCUUAGCACUUUCCAGCAGAUGUGGAUUUCGAAGGGAGAGUACGAGGAGUCUGGCCCGGCGAUCGUCCAUCGGAAAUGCUUCUGAUCUUCCAUAUGUGGUGCUUUUUGUUGCCUGCUCUGCCAGCAUGUUUCUAGGUUUGCCGAAGGUCGUCAGAUUUGCUUGGAGUUUCAAGUUUGUUUUCAGUUUGGGCCGGUAAAAGCCCUCUUGUCAGGUGAUGUUUUGAGCCAAGGCACCAUGUGCCACCAAGUUUUCUUCCUUUCGGUCUUUCGGAUCCCGUCUUCUGGUCUGUUGAUUUUAGUUUGAGUAUGACAUGGAUGCCAGUUCAGCAUCAACAGCUUGGUCUGUGGACUUUAUCCCCAGGAUUAUUUGGUAAUGCCUUUAAUGAUCAACUGUUGUAUGAUUAUUAAAGUCUAAGCUUUUCAUAAUGACUUUGUAGUUUUUGUUGCUUUCA